GACAUUGUGCUAUUGUUUCCGGGGCACCAGUCACCGGUUUCCGCUUUCUAAGCUCCUUCGGCCGACCCUCCCUCCUGCUCUGCAUCUGCCACGCUUGCAGGAGCUGCUUGUCACCCUACAUCCGGGAUACGGCCGGGGUGGUGAUUGUUUCUGUGGGUUGUGGCCACUAAUAGGGUGAAGAUGCUGCACUGUCUGGUGAAUGACUCCAGGGUGGGGUCCUUGCUGUCAAUCUUCCUGCUCAUUCUGGGAUGUGCCACUGCCUCUGAAAUUACCUUUGAACUUCCCGAUAACGCCAAGCAGUGCUUCUAUGAAGACAUCACUCAGGGAACCAAGUGUACGCUCGAAUUCCAGGUCAUCACCGGUGGCCAUUAUGAUGUGGACUGCCGGCUUGAAGACCCAGAUGGGAUAGUGCUGUACAAGGAGAUGAAGAAACAAUACGAUAGCUUCACUUUUACAGCCUCACGCAAUGGAACAUACAAGUUCUGCUUUAGUAACGAGUUCUCAACUUUCACGCACAAGACUGUCUACUUUGACUUCCAAGUUGGAGAAGACCCACCACUCUUCCCUAGCGAGAACCGGGCCACUGCCCUGACACAGAUGGAAUCGGCUUGUGUUUCAAUCCACGAAGCUCUGAAGUCGGUCAUCGAUUACCAGACACACUUCCGCUUAAGGGAGGCGCAAGGCCGCAGCAGGGCAGAGGAUCUGAACACCAGAGUAGCCUAUUGGUCCGUAGGGGAGGCUAUAAUUCUCUUAGUUGUAAGCAUUGGACAGGUGUUUCUUCUUAAAAGCUUCUUCUCCGACAAAAGAACAACCACAACACGCGUUGGAUCAUAACCCAGAAUUAUCGGAUGAUUUUCUUUCUUUAUACACUGUUGUCCCAAAUUCAAAUGUUUUUUUGUUUUUCAUUUUCAUUUUUCCUUUUCCUGAUACCAGUAAGGAAAAAAAUGUAUAUAUUGCUAAACUUUAGUUUUACCUUUUAAACUCCACCAUAGCCAUCCCCUGAAAAAAGAAAAGAA